AUGAAGAAAGAUAAUAAGAAUUUUUCAAAUAGUUCAAUUGGUCUUUUAAAAAAAAAAAGUACAACUAAACAGGAUAUUUCGAAGGUUAAUGUGAAACAUAAGGAUAAGGUAACAAUAAAAGGAAAAGAAAAAGAAAACAUUUCUGUAUUGUCUAAAAAAAAUAACAUAAAUGAUAAGAAAAAAGAUAUAAACACAUUAAACCAUUCUACAAAUAUAAAGAUGAAUGAGAAAGAAUCUUUAACAUUAAAUAAUUCAAUUAUGAAUAUAGAAUAUGAUCAUAAAAAUGUUGAUAUCAAUGGACAAGUCGAAUUAUUAAAUGAAGAAAUGAAGGAAAAAAAAAUUGAAUUGGAUAAUAUUAAUAAAAAUGAUAAUUUACAUAAUCAUAGCAAUAUUAAUCAUGUUCAUAUUUCAAUUGCAAAUAAAUUUAAAAGGGAAGAUAAUAUGGAUGUAUUAAAAAAAGAUAAUAAUGAAGAAAUUUUAUCUAAUAAAUUAUAUCAAGAAAAAAAAGAUAUAACUUAUAAAAUAAAUGAUCUGGAAAAAAAAAUUAUAUUGGAUGAUAAAUCAAACAUGAAGGAUGAAGAUAAUAUUGAUAUAUUGAACAAAAAUAAUUUUUAUGUAUCAGACAAUGAUAUUAAACACAUAAAUGAUGGAAUUCAUAUUUUUGAUAAUUAUAAUGGUGAUAACGAUGAUAGGUAUAAUAUUAAUAACGAAUAUAAUAGUGAUAGUAAUAAUACUAAUAAUAUUCAUAAUGAUAAUAAUAGUGAUAAUAGCUAUAAUAGUCAUAAUAGUUAUAAUAGCAAUUCGUAUAAUAGACACAAUGAUGAUAAUAAUGAUAUAUAUAUUACAAAUAAUGAUAAUUAUACAUAUGAUUAUGAGGAUCAAAAAAAUGUACAUAAGAAUAGCAAAGAUAUAGAUGAAGAAAAGCCAUGUAAUAUAUAUGAUAAUAUAUUAAAACGAUUAAAUAUUGAGAAAAAUGAAAAUUUGGAAAAUAGUCAUAUAAUAAUAUUUGGAAAUAAGGAUGUAGGGAAAUCAUGUUUAGUCAAAGCAUUACAAGAAAUAUGUAUAAAUAAUGAUGAACAGAAUGAUUACCCUUUUUAUUGUAAUAAGAAUAGAGUUUUGCCAUUAGAUUAUGCUUGUUUAAAAGUAAAAAAUAUGGAUGAAAAUAGAAAGAUGAAAGAUAUAAAAAUUAAUAGCCAUAUAUGGAUUUUACAACAUCCAUCUUAUAUUCAUUCAUUGAUUAAAAAUAUAAAAAAUUUUAAAAAUGUAAAAAAUAUAAUUAUUUUAAUAUGUACAGAUUUAUACAAACCUUAUAAUAUUAUGUCUGAUAUAAAUAAUUGGAUAGAUACCUUGUAUAUUUUAUUUGAAGCAAUACAUUCUAAUACGAGCUUAAAGACAUUAAACCAAUUAAAAGAAAAAAUGGAAAAUUAUAUAUAUGAUUAUAAAAAUAACAUAUUAGAAAAGGGGGGAAAAAGAGAUGAUCAUAAAAAUGAAGAACUAAAGGACACACACGAAAAAAUAAAUAAUAUUACUGAUAGUAAUAAUAAUACUAUUAGUAAUAAUAAUAAUAAUAAUAAUAUGGUUAGUCAGGACAAAGAACGCUUAAUAAAAAUAAAUUUAACCUUCCCAAUAUUUUUUAUUAUUUGUAAAUCUGAUGGAUAUGAAAUUUUGAACAAUAGAACCUAUCAAGGAUAUAUGGAUGUCAUAAUUUCCUAUUUACGUAAUCUAGCCAUAAAUUAUCAUGCGGCUAUAAUAUAUUGCAAUACUAUCAAUAAAGAGAAUCCUAAAAAUAUAGAAUUAUUGUAUAAAUAUAUUAUGCAUAGAUUAUAUAACUUUCCUUUUAACGAGAAACCAAUUUUAAAUGAUUAUGAAAAAAUAUUCAUACCAUCAGGAUAUGAUAAUAUAGAAUUAAUAAAUAAAUCAAUAAAAAAUACAUUUGUUGAAAAUUUCAAUAAACCAUAUGAUUCAAUUAUUACUAAGCCAAUACCAAAUAAAAGCAUAGUCGAACAAAAUGAAAAUAUUGUAGAUGAUUUUUAUUUUAAUGAAUUCUUAGCAAAUUUAUCUAAUGAUAUAAAUAAAAUUAAAAAGAAUGAUGAAAAUGUAUCAACAUGGGAUAAAAAUAAAAUUGAUGUUAUUGUUAAUAAAAAUAAUAUAUAUACAGAAGAAAAUAAUGAAAACAAUUUAAAUAAAGAUAAAAUAGAUCAAUCAUUACAUAGCUUUUUUCAAAAUCUUUUAGCUAAAGGAAGAUCCAAAUCGCCUAGUACACCUAAUAUUAACCCAACACCAUUAGAAAAAAGAAAUAUAAAUUUAUGA